AUGUCUCAACAGUUACCAAAAAGCAUGCAAGCCCAGCUUUUGGAGGCUUACAAGGAACCCUACACACUACGCUCUAUCCCUGUUCCUAUACCUUCAGAACCACAUGAUGUCCUGGUAAAGGUAGAUGCAGCGUCAUACUGCCAUACCGAUUAUGUCCUGGCAGAGGGGCAGAUGCCAGGACUUCCGUCAUCAUUUCCCCACAUCGGCUGUCACGAGUUUGCUGGAACAGUGGUAUCUCACUUCGAAACGCCAUCCUCAGAAGCCAGCGCACUGAAAGUUGGCACAAGAGUGGGAAUACCAGGUCGGGCUUUCCAUGCUUGCGGGAAAUGCUUCGAGUGUAAAAACAAUCGACCAAAAGACCCGGUCGCAGAGGAUGACGGAAAUUACUCGGUACAUUGCGUCAGUGCGGGUAACAACGGCCUUAGUAGAAAUGGAGGCUUCGCAGAGUAUGCUGUAGUGGAUGCAAGGCAGGUCGCUCCGAUACCUGGAAGUUUGACGGCCGUGGAAACAGCACCUUUGAUGUGUGCUGGCGUCACCAUCUACGCAGCUCUGUUACGAUGUGGACAAAAAGAAGGUUCCAGGGUCGGCAUCCUUGGCGCAGGUGGUGGGCUUGGACAUCUCGGUCUACAGUUCGGCGCGAAGAUGGGAUUCAGAAUUCUCGGUAUCGAAGCAGCAGAUGGUCCCCUAGCUGUAGCACAAGGAGUGGCCCAGAACCUCAGCCCAUCUCCGCGAAUCAUAGACGCAAGAGCUAAUAAAGCAGCGGAGGUUGUUCAAGAGCUUGGUGCUGAAGAUGGAAAGAAAGACGUAGGUGAUAUGGGGCUUGAUGCUAUCAUUAUAUUACCUGAGAGUCAGACAGCCUUCGAUUAUGGAAUGAAGCUCCUCAAGACUCACGGAACAUGUGUUCUGGUGUCUUUCCCUGAGAAAGGCUUCCACAUUUCGGCACACGACAUCGUCUUUCGUGAUAUCAGGAUCAUCGGAAGUCUGGUGGGGAGCAACAAGGUACUUUGCGAGACGCUAAAGUUUUCAGCUGAGCAUGGCGUAAGAGCUUUGACGAAGUCAUAUCCUCUGACGGGCCUGAAUGAUCUAGUGCGCGAAUACCACAAAGGUACUGGCGGAAAGCUUGUUGUGGACAUGGGCCUUGGCCAUUAA